AUUCUGCUCCAGCCUAUCACGAGCCCGUCCUCCCCCAAUUAAGGUGCCACCAACCUCCUGUGAUAUGUAUGAUGAUGUGGCUGUGAUGUUAACCACUUUAGAGACUUGUGAUGUCUGUUCUAAACCUUUACUGAUGUAAGGUUUGUGAUAGCAGCCACCAUUUUCCCCCCUAAUAGCACCACCAAAUUAACACUAAUUAUGGCUUUUACAACACAGUCUCUACUGAUAUAAUUUUUCACUCUUAUGAAGUUGGACCCGCAUACUGUGUAAACUGGAACCCCUUUGAAUUUAUUGAGCAUAUUGUACUUUUAUCUAUUGAUGAAUGUGUUUUAGGACAGACAAAUUUCACAGUGAGAUUUUUAUUCAACAUUACUACAAAGAUGAUUGUAUUUUGAAUGUUACAUUUCAGGGACCAUAGACUCCAUAUGUUGUCUAUAUCGUUGGAUGUGUACUUGGUCAACUAGAAGUAGAACUAGAAGCCCUCCUAACAUUGCCUUUUAUGUUCUGUUAAAUGUUUUUGUUUCUGCAAGAUGAUAUACUGCCAGGAGAGGGGGGAAUUUAAAAAAAACAAUUGAACAAAUGUUCUGUAUACAUUUUGGCUUAAGUUCACUCACUCUCACUGCACUGACUGGCGUGCAUUUCUCCCCCGAAAGACUUCAUUACCCAUAGUACAUUGCUUUGUAGCGGCAAAUGUACUUGAUCCAACAUGUCAGCACCCGUUGGAAAGAUGGUUGAAGACUCAAGCAGUGAAGAUGAAGAUCUGGAAAAGUUUAAGGAAGCAGCUUGGAGUUUUGGCACAUAUGGAAUUAAUGGUACACACAAUACCAACACGGCAGAUGGGGAAAGCAAUGGGAAGUUAUCCCGUCGUGUGGCUGUAUCUAAACAUGAACAUGAUGGGAACGAGCUUCAGACGACUCCGGAGUUCCGUGCGCACGUUGCAAAGAAAUUAGGUGCUAUACUUGACAGUUGCAUUUCAGUGAUAUCUGCAGAAACAACAAAACCCUGCACACAGUCAACCAAAUGUGAAGAUGAAGGUUUCCGGCUGUUCACCACAUCUGUCCCAGGAGAGUUUACCAUUGAUCCCCCUCCUCCUCCUGUAAGGCGCCGGCCCGUCCCCAGCUCAAGUGACAGUGACAGUGAGCUGGAGAUGAGACUGAGAGAGGCGGCAGUGUCAGUUACAGACCUCCUAUCAUCUGCUCUCCCCAUCGCAGUUACACCUUCCCUGCCAGAGUCCCUCAGCUCAGAUAAAUUGAAGAAGAAGAAGAAGAAAUACAAGGUUCAGGAAGAAGAGGACAGUAAUAACAGCCCUGUCCCAGAGAAAAAUAAGAAAAGGACAGCUCCCCGCGAGGUCGAGAACUGUGGAGAAGCCUCACCUUAUGCUAAAACGGAGGAGGACCAAAAAAGCCCCGAGGAGGAUAGUCUACCGCUGAAGGUCAAGAAGAAGAAAAAUAAACAAAAAGGCACAGAUGAAAGGGUGGAAGAGGAAGUAGAAAAGCACUGAGAGACUUCUGGACUCACUUGUUGUGAUUUGGGAUAUUGGCAGUUCCAUACUUGUAAGAACUGUUAACCUGUUGUAGCUUGGUGUUCUUAGCAUUCAUUAUAACAUGGUCAGGUCAUACACUGUUAUUUUCUUUAAAUAAUCACUGCAAUGUUGUACUACUUUACUUGUUCUUUUCUGGAAUGGAAUACGUUCUUUCAGAAAUGUGGAAUAGUGUAAGUCUCACCAGAUAUUUUAUGACAUUUUUUCUCUGCCCAAAACACAAUCAGUGCUAUGCCUUGUUUUGUAAAGGAAGCAGUUUACACUGAUGUCAAGAAUUCUGAGAGCAUUUUUAUUAAAACACUUUUCUAUUGA